AAUUUAAUGCUUGAAAGUAUUGGAAAACUGCCAAGGUACAAAAAAGUCAUUGAUCAAGCCAAGAGUUUGACAAUCUUUAUUUAUGCACAUCAUAAGACCUUAUCCUUAAUGAGGUCAUUUACAAAGAAGAGGCAUAUAGUGAGACCAGGUGUCACUAGAUUUGCUUCUUCUUUCCUUACUCUACAAAGUUUAAUGGAGAAAAAGAGCCAAUUGAGGGCAAUGUUUACUAGCUCUGAGUGGGAGGAGUGCAAGUGGUCAAAGACUGUUAAAGGGAAAGCAGCCUAUGCAAUUGUGUUAAGUAUUGCUUUCUGGAAUGGUGUGACUAUAUGUCUUAAGGUUUUUGCACCUUUGGUGAAGGUGCUUCGAAUUGUUGAUGCAGAUAAGAAGCCUUCUAUGGGCUUUUUAUAUGGAGAGAUUAAUCAGGCAAAAAAGGAUAUUAAGGAGGCCCUAAACAAUCUUGAAAAGAACUAUUUGCCUAUUAUGGAAAUUAUUGAUGCAAGAGUGAAAGAUAGGCUAGAUAGUCCAUUGCAUUUUGCGGCUUACCUUUUGAAUCCAUAUUAUUUGUUCAAAGAUAUGGAUAUGCAAUUUGAUAAUGAACUGAUGGAUGGGUUUUUUAAUGCUGUGGAGAUGUUUUUUUAUGGUGAUGAUCGCAUGCAAGGGCAUAUUUUAAAUGUUGAGUUGCCAAAAUAUACUUGCAAAGAAGGAGUUUUUGGAAAGUCAUGGGCAAUUCAAGGGUGUGCAACAAAUGAUGAUAAUUAUAACCCAGGUAUAAAAUUCCUUCCUUUAAUCCUUAGGACUUUUUUUUUUUAGUUUCUAUCGUAUAUUAGUUUAGUGUAUAAAUUUCAAAUUUGUUUAACCUAUGUAGUUAAAUGGUGGAUGACUUAUGGAAAUCAAACACCAAACUUGCAACGAAUGGCGAGAAGGAUCCUCUCGUUAACUAGUAGUUCAUCUGGUUGUGAAAGAAAUUGGAGUACUUUUGAAGGGAUACAUACGAAGAAAAGAAAUAGACUAGAUGUUAAUCGAUUGAACAAUCUAGUCUUUGUCCAAUUUAAUGCAAAACUGAUGAACAAGCAAAAAAGGGAGAAGGAGAGGAAUGUUGAUGUGCUACUUGCUAGUGAUGCUAGUAAUGCACAAGGAUGGAUCGUUGAUGGAGAAGAUGAUGAAGAAAUUGAGCCUGGUAUGGGGCUCACUUGGGAAAUGGUUGGUGAAGCUUCUGGAGCAGACGACAUGCUUCAACCUCGAAGAAGUUCUAGGAUGAGAGAACUUCAUGAAGAUGAUUUUCAAUCAGAAGAAGAAGAUGAACAAGAGCAUCAUGAAUUUGAUUUUGAGUCUGAUGAAGAUCGUGUGCUAGAAGAAUAUGGAGAGGAAGAAGAAGAAAUCCACUAAGAUAACUAGAUAUUACUUAGAUUCUUCAUAUAUGUUUUAAUGUUUAUGUUGUAUUAUUGUUAUUUUUGUCAUCUUAACCUCAGUACUAAUCUACAACAGUUUGUUUUUAAAGUUUUUUAAUGUUUAAAUUCAUUAUUUCACUUAUUAUUCCAACUUUGGUUUACUUGAUAUCAAAUUGCAUCAAAAAAUUUAAAAAAAAAACACUAUUUUCCAAGUCGCCGCCUAGGCCCCGCCUAGGCGCCCUAGGCGCUAGGCCCCAGUCGGGCGCCCGACUAGCGCCUAGCGCCUUUUAGAACA